AUGGAAGGAGUUGGGGCCCGACUGGGGCGGUCCUCGACCCGUUACGGACCGGCGACGGUGUUCACUGGACCGGUGAGAAAAUGGAAGAAGAAAUGGGUUCACGUUUCACCUUCUUCCGCUUCCUCUAAUUCCAACAACAAUACCAAUCACAAUCACGGUUCUUCUAAUGGUAAUAAUAACGGUUCUCAUCUUCUUCUUUAUAAGUGGACACCUAUUACUCAAAGCCAGAACACCAACAAUAACGGAAGUGUUAAGGACGCGCCGCUGGAACCGGUGGAAGAGCCUCCCCGGAGGAAAUUUAAAUAUAUUCCGGUUGCUGUAUUAGAGGAGCAGAAAAAUGAGGCUACAGAAAUUGGUGAGGUUGCUGAAAAGGUAGAAGAUGAAUCUAAUCCAGUAGAGGCCGAUUCAAGUGCAGCAGAACCAACUAGCAAGAAUGAGAUUUUGGAUGAAAAACCUGAUAUAAAUGAUGUCCCAAUGGAAGAAAGUGAGCCUCAAGACAAAAAUCAGGUAGUACGUCAAGAUCUCAACGAGAGUUUGGAUUUGAGUUUGGGUUUGACAUCACAUGACGAGGACCAUGAUUCUGAUUCAAAAACUAAUCAAACUACAGACGAUGGCCAGUAA